AUAGGAAGGCCUUUUUGUUGUUUACAUAGUGAAUGCAUGCCAGAGAGGAAAAGACUAUGCAGGCUUUAGUCACUCAAUUCUCUGUAAAGUAUCAUACUUGGGAUAUCGCUGUUUUUAUUUUGUUCAACAGCAGUUCUUUCUAUUUGCUCAAAACUUUAGAGGUAAUUUCUCUGGUGUAACUUCUAAAAAACUUUACAUUGUCUCUACAUUGGCUUAUGUUGCUUAAUUUUCCCCAUAGACUCCUCUGUGUUAAAUUCAUGUUGCCCUUUCCAGCAGUGACCACCUCUCCACGAGAACAUGCCUCUGGAAAAAGACCUCCUUCAUCCCUCUCUGGAGAAGAGGAAGCACAAGAAGAAGUGCCUAGUGCAGAGCCCCAAUUUCUACUUCAUAGACACGAAGUGCCCAAGAUGCUAUAAAAUCACCACAGUCUUUAGUCAUGCACAGUCGGUAGUUUUGUGUGUUGGCUGCUCCACUGUCCUCUGUCAGCCUACAAGAGGAAAAGCAAGGCUUACAGAAGGAUGUUAAUUUGGGAGGAAGCAGCAUUAACAGUACCCUAAAUCAAGAUGAAUGGGAACCAUCCCAAUAAACAUAUUUUGGAUAUAAGUAAAUAAAUAUUUUUAUCUGUUGUUGGUAUGAUAAUGCAUACCUGUAAUCCCAGCACUCCUGAGGCUGAGGCAGGAGGCUGAGGCUGCGGCUGCUCCAAGUUCAAGGCCAGCCUGGGCUACAUAGUCAGUUCAAGGCCAGCCUGAAUUACACAGCAAGAUUCUAUCUCAAAAAAAAUUUUUUUAAUCUGUUAAAACUAAUAACCUGAGGAUAAAUCCCCAAACAGGACUAUUUAAGGAUGAAGUCACUUGAAGCUUAGACUUGGUUUCUUUCCAUUCCAAGU